AUGUCCAAGUAUGCUAAGUUCUUAAAGGAACUCCUCUAUAACAAGAGGAAGCUUGAGGAAGUGUUAAUGGUGCAACUAUUGGAGAAGAGCUCGGCGAUCAUUCAUAGGCGAUUACCAAAGAAGCUAAAAGACCCAGGGAGUUUCACUAUUCUUUGUUCUACUAGUAAUCUAAAUGUUGAUAAUGCAUUGGCUGAUUUAGGGGUUAGCAUUAGUAUUAUCCCUUAUAAAUUAUUUAAGAAACUUGGACUAGGAGAACCUAAACCAACACUCAUGGGUGUUCAACUAGCUGAUGAAUCUGCUGUAUACUCUAAGGGUAUCAUCGAAGAUGUGUUGGUAAAGGUUCAAGAUUUUAUUUUUCUUAUGGAUUUUGUGAUCAUGGAUAUGGAUGAGGAUGUUGAUGUUUCCCUCAUCCUUGGUAGACCCUUUCUUGCUAGCGCUAGGGCCAUCAUUGAUGUUCAUGAUGGUAAGUUUAUUCUUAGGGUAGGGGAUGAACAAUUAACCUUUCAAACUCCUAAUGGCAUGAAAUACUCAAUUGCACUUGAUGAUAUGAUAGAGCAUGAAACUGUCAAUUUAAUUUCAGCUAUUGAUGUUUUUAAUUUUUAA